GACUUACAGCAUCCUCCGCCGCCUUCCUGUGCCAACAACCCCCCAAAAGUUGGGAUGCUUUUCUUUACCCAGUGCUUUGGGGCUGUGUUGGAUCUCAUUCACCUCCGGUUUCAGCACUACAAGGCUAAACGGGUUUUCUCUGCUGCCGGGCAACUUGUCUGUGUGGUCAAUCCCACGCACAACCGAAAGUAUGUGUCCAGUAGACGGGCUGUCACUCAGAACUCCACAGAGCAAGGCAGCUUCCACCCACAUCAUCUUCCCCACCACCAUCGCCACCACUGUCACCAUAACCACCUGUGCCACCAUGCCCGCCCCCGCCACCUCAACCACCAGGAGGCAGGGACGCACAGUCCUCAGAUGACGCCCUGCCUAUGCCCACUCUUCUCCUGCCAGUGGGAAGGCCACCUGGAGGUGGUGGUGCCUCACCUGCGCCAGAUCCACAGGAUCGAUAUCCUGCAAGGGGCCGAGAUAGUCUUCCUGGCCACGGACAUGCACCUCCCCGCGCCAGCCGACUGGAUCAUCAUGCACUCCUGCCUCGGCCACCACUUCCUCCUGGUGCUCAGGAAACAGGAACGACACGAAGGGCACCCUCAGUUCUUUGCUACCAUGAUGCUGAUCGGGACCCCCACCCAGGCCGACUGCUUCACCUAUCGCCUGGAGCUCAACAGAAACCACAGGCGUCUCAAAUGGGAGGCCACCCCGAGAUCUGUCCUGGAGUGUGUGGAUUCGGUCAUCACUGAUGGGGACUGCCUGGUUCUCAACACCUCACUGGCCCAGCUCUUCUCUGACAACGGCAGCCUCGCCAUUGGAAUCGCCAUCACGGCAACCGAGGUCCGCGCCACGGAUGCCGAGAUGUGA